GCGACUCGAACACAAAGAGAGAAAAAAAGGAUUUUAGUUGGUUGUGGGUCCCACGGCCACCAGAACAACCACCACCUGCCGCCGUCUUCCUCCGCCGUCUCUUCUUUCUUUCUCUCUCUAUCUGUAAAUCUUUAUUUGCUGUAUAUGUAUGUGGUAGUAAUAUGCAUACAGCUGUUUCGAUUAGAAAACGAAUAAAAUAAAAUAAAAAAUAUAUAUAUUAUAUUAAAAAAGAUUUGUUAUUUUUUAAAUCAAAGAAAUAAUCAGAAUAAAUUAUAAAUCAAACCACCCCUCUUUUAUUCUCUUUCUCCACCCCCAACGAUUUCGCCCUAAAAAGCCUUUUGAUUUGCAGAUUUUAGAAAGAGAGAGAGAAGGAAGGAGGAGGGAGAGAUAUACAUCAUAUAUAUCUAAAAGCAAAGUUAUUUAUUUUUUUCCUUUUUUUUUAAAUAAUUUUUUUCAUCAAACGCCAAGAACAGAAGCUGCUCAUCUACACAUACACACAGAUUUUUACAUAUAUAUGAAGAAGGAGAUAGAAAAAAGAAAGCAUUUUUCAGACUAACUUGCUUAUGUAGAGAGAGAAAGAAGCGAUUUUGAUAUAUUUGGGGGCACAAUUCUACGCAAAGGGGGCGUUUUCUUCAUCUUUUCGUCUUAUCCAAUCGGUAAGGUUUUUCUUGAAUUAAAGGCGAAAAACUCAAGAUUUUGAAUCAGGGAUUUCAUUAUAUUGUUUCGGACUUCUUUUCUCGAUACAUCAAUAUCAAGAUUAUGAUUAGGGUAUGACAGGUCCAAAUUAGAGCGACAUGUUGGAAGAUCGAUCUUGUUUUGUUUCAAGAAGUUACAGUCGCGAAAGGGACAAUAGUCACAAUACUUGGAGUUAUAUGAGCAAUUACAGGAUAGAAAGACUAGAAUCCCAACAAGGAAAACGACCAUUAGAACAUGAUGAAAACGAAGAACUCGAUCAUACCCAUCCCCGAAAAAUCUCCAAACAAUCAAACAGUUUACAAAACCUACAACUCGAAUUAGGGUUCCUCGAGUUUUGCAAUCAUUCCAAUAGUCAAGAUCAAUCUGGAGAUAAUUCCGAUUCAAGCUCUCUAAUCAAUGGUCUCGAUCGUGACAACUCACUCACAUGUCUAAUGAAAUGUUCCCGAUCAGAUUAUGGUUCAAUUGCAUCUUUAAGCCGUAGCUUCCGUGAGCUUGUUAGAAGUGGCGAACUUUAUAGAUUAAGAAGAAAAAAUGGGAUCAUCGAACAUUGGGUUUAUUUCUCUUGCCACCUCGUAGAAUGGGAAUCUUUUGAUCCAAUCACUUCACGUUGGAUGCAUUUACCCACAAUGACGUCAAACCCAUGUUUUCAAUUUUCCGAUAAAGAAUCUUUAGCUGUUGGGACUGAGUUACUUGUAUUGGGUAAAGAAGUUCUAGAUCACGUGAUUUAUAAAUAUAGUUUAUUAACAAAUUCAUGGUGCUUAGGUCGAAAUAUGAACUUCCCACGUUGUUUAUUUGGGUCAGCGAGUCUAGGGGAAAUAGCAAUUGUUGCUGGUGGGUGUGAUCCCAAUGGCAAAAUCGUAAAUUCAGCCGAACUUUAUGAUAGUGAAUCGGGUACAUGGGAAACUCUUCCAUGUAUGAUUAAACCUCGAAAAAUGUGUUCCGGGGUUUUCAUGGAUGAUAAAUUUUAUGUGAUCGGCGGAAUUGGAGGUCCGGAAAUGAAACCGUUGGCAUGUGGGGAGGAAUAUGAUUUGAAAACACGGGAAUGGAAAGAGAUUCCGAAUAUGUCUCCGGUGAGAACCGGGACUGCUCCCGCCAAUGAGGUGGGAGCAGUGGUGGUGCCUCGUACUGAGGCACCACCAUUAGUGGCGGUUGUGGAUAAUGAGUUGUAUGCUGCUGACUGUGCAGAUAUGGAAGUGAGAAAAUAUGAUAAAGAAAAAAAGGAAUGGGAGACGGUUGGGAGGCUGCCCGAACGGGCAGACUCCAUGAACGGUUGGGGGAUUGCUUUUAGAGGGUGUGGUGACCGGGUUAUUGUUAUUGGUGGGCCCCGGGCAAUCGGGGCGGGUUUUAUUGAAGUUAAUUCGUGGGUCCCACGAGAAGGUCCGCCACGUUGGCGGUUACUUGGACGGAAACAAUCGAAUAACUUUGUUUACAAUUGUGCGGUGAUGGGGUGCUGAUGACGAAGGUGUUUGAUUUGGAAACGGUAAAAAGGUAAAAAGGUCGGUGUUUUUGACUCUUUUUAUGACAAAAUUUUCGAAUUUUACUUGAGAUUUUUAACGUUUGUGAGAGUCUUGAGUAUGUUUUUUUUUUAGAGGUUUUGUGUCUACCUUCAAUUUGAAUCAACCGGGUAAUAACUUGAAGUGAUAGAUUGGUAGAUAGCUUUUUUUUCUCUCAAAAAAAAAAGAAAAAAAAAGGGUCGAAAAAGUUUGAUAUAUGGUUUUUAUGGUCUUUAAUUUCUUGAUAUUUCCCAAGAGAAAAAUAAGCUACAUGCUUGAUCUAAUGGAACGUAUACAUUGUACUAAAUUCACAUUUUGUUCAAUUCAUAGGCUUCUCAUUGAGCCUUUUGUUUC